CUUCUCCACAAAACCAUACCUUCUCUAACCCCUCUUCUCACUUUUCAAUAACCCCUCCAUAUAUGACUCAUGCUGAGAUCAUAUGACCAAUAUGGUUCCUCUUGAAUCCUCAACGCUUUUCGGUGUUUACGGCGGUUUCACGGACUCGAUGAUGAUGAGAGAAACAACUACCAACAAUCAAGAUCCUAGUGGAGAUACAUGUUCCGUCUCCGAUCCAGCACCAGGUUCUACUGAUUAUUAUAACAUCUCUUCUUCUCCAGUGAAAGACGACGGAACGGCCCCAAAGAACGACGUCGUUUGUUCUAUUAACGUAGACGAUAAUAAAGACAAAUCUUGGCUCCGCUUAGGUAUAGGCCCUGAGGAGAACACGGAUGGCUCGUAUAAGCUCCAACGUUGUUGUAGCAAAAACGGAAGUGGAAGAGAGAAUUCAUUAGAGCUGAGCUUGUUCUCUUCAUCCUCAACCGCGGUUAGUAGUAGUAUAGAUCACCUACCGACGCAACCGUUGCAGCUGCCAUAUCAUCAUGAUCAGUUAUUGACGAUGCGUGGACCGUCGUUGGUUUACAACCACCAAUUAAUGAAGCCUCAAACGUUAUUAAAUCGCGGCUUUUCGUUUCCAUCUUCAAAGCCGUGGAUACCUCAAUAUAUGGCGCCGUUUAGACCGUCAUCAUUGAGUGACCGUGACGUCACUAAUAAUAAUAGUCUUUCAAGAAGCUGUUGUGUGGAUGAGGGAGGAGCUGGACCAAGCUCUGAGUUUAGGGUUCUUGAUCCUCCAAGAAGACCACAUUCUGGUCUUUGGUUUCUUCUUCAAGCUUCACAAUUUCAGGAAAGGGAACCGUUCUUGCCUCAAGUAAAUAAAAGCUACUUGAGAAUCAAAGAUGGGAGAAUCACUGUUAGAUUGUUAAUUAAGUACCUCAUGAAGAAACUUGAAUUGGAUAGCGAAUCUGAGGUAAAUAUCUAAACUCCAACUCUUUUAUAUACGUUUUUUAUCUUCCAAGUUUAGGGGCUGCGAGAUGAAAAUGACAUUGGAACUAAAUCCCCAACUUAUUAGGUCACAAGUCUGAUGUCAUAGUGUCGUAACUUCGCUAACUUAUAUAGUUCAGUUUUAAGUCUUAGGCUAUAGAUAUUCAAAUUAUAUAUUGUAAUACAGUUGAGUGAAAACCACAUUCUGAAUUUUGAGAGCUACAUGACAUCCUUAAUUAGGUGCAAAUCUAAUUAAUAAUCAUGAAUAACCUCGGGUUCGAAUUUAUGAAUUCAAUUAUUUCUGUGUUCAAUUAAUUAAUUAGUAUAAGCAAAAAUGAAUAUUUUAGGCUUAUAAUGAAGCAUCAAACUAAUAUUUUUCCUAAGCAACUUUCUAAUCAGAAUUAUGAUCAACCAAAAAUCAGUCUUUAUCGCUUUUGAAAAUUAAACGUUAUUGAUUGAUCGUUUCUCGAAGUACCCACUACCUUAUCAAAUAAUUAUGAUAAUAAUUGUUGUUGUUAUUAAUUCUCUCAUAGGAAACUGGAAAACGAGAGGGGAACUAUAACUGGCCGUUUCAUUAGUUUCAUGCCAUAAUAUUGUUAUAUUAAUAAUGAUUUAUAGUAGUGAUU